AUGAGCUCAUCUGCGCAUUGGGUGCAGCCGGCAGGUGGAUGGGAGCCCCAGCAAGAGGAUGCGGGCGAUGUGCGCGAGAGCUUCUUGGCGAGCGAGGGCGCCGACCUGGACGACUCGCCACAUAGCGCCUCCCUGGAGGCCUUGCUCGACACUAGCCGCUUGACGAUCUUGUUGGGCAAGGCCUUGUUCAUGCUGCUUGCUCACUCCAAUGUAGUGGUUCAGCUUGAAGGCAAUGCAGACAGAAUGGAGUACCGCGCAGCUGCUCCCUGCAGGCGGUUCUUCAGCGCGCACUCGUCGCUGGCUCUUCGAGAGGGAGAGCCCGGGCUGCCGGAUGUGGAUGCCGCGAGGCGCCGGCGAUUGCGGCAGAUUCUGGCACACCAGCUGGCGGCCAUCAGCGUGAGCGUGCUGACCCUGCACGCUCGCUCCCAGCUGCUGCUUCGCGCGCUGGGCCCUGACCGCGUGGCGGACGUUGGGGGCACUGGCGCCUUCCUGGUGGCUCUCAGCGACUUGGCGCUCAGCCCGGUGAUCGGCCGCGUGUCUGACCUGGUGGGCCGCAGGCCGCUGAUGCUCUUGCUGCCAGCUGUGGGUUUGCCAACAAAGCUGUUGGCAGCGUGUUGGCCCAGACCCGCUCUGCUGCAGCUGGACCGCGUAUUGGGGGAUUCACUUCGGACUCUUUGCGGGACCACGAUGACCAUGACCUGCUUGGCCGAUCUCUACCACGGACAAAGGUAUGCAGCUGCCCUUGGCUACCUGCAGACAGCCACAGGCCUGGGCCUGGCGCUGGGCCCCAUGCUGGCCGCAGCCCUGAUGGGGCCCCGGGGCCAGCGCCCGCGGCUGUGCUUCUGGGCGGCGGCGCUGGUGGCAGCGCUGCACCUGGUGCUGGGCUGGCGGCUCCUGGAGGAGAACCAACGAGAAACUGGCAAACAAAGGCUGGCGAGCAGCGAUUGCUGA